AUGCACCCCACCACCACCACAUACAACAGCAUACAACAAGCCUCACCAACUUUAUUAUCAAUCCUACGUGCCGGUAAUCAAGAAACACAUCAGGAUUUCACCGGAUUUGAUUUACAGAUGGAAGACUCAAGGCAAGGUCAGAUUAUAGACCAGCAAUCACUUAUGGCAGCCUUACAACAACAAGCCCCUCUUGAACAUCAGCGGUAUUCAGAACAAAGCUAUGAAGAUUUAUUUCAUAGACCUUUUCAAAGACCUACUACUCAAGCUGAUAUCAAUCAAAUCAAUCGUGUUCAAGAGGCUCAGCGUGGAAUUAAUGAUUUCUUUCAAGAUCAUCAAGUUCCACAACCUCCAAUGAUCGAUAAUCGGCCAAGUCUAAAUCAACACAAUCAAAACAAUCAGCUUCAACAAACUCACAGCUUACCAAACGCAAGUAUAAAUCAACAUACUCACCUUCAACUAGGUCAAAGCCUACCAAAUCAAUUUGAUUCAACUUUAAACAUCUACAAAAAUCAUCAAAUCUCGGUUCCGGAACCUCAACGGGCAUCAGCACCAAUUCAUAUAGACUCUUCCCUACUUCCGCACUUGGAAUCUCAACCUUUGGGUUUGAGAAAUUCAACAACAUCCAAUUCGAGAGGAAUCUCUACCGUGUCCCAGCCAGCAGGAAAGAAAUCUUCACAAACAAAGAAAUCUGCAUCUCGAUCAAAGAGUUCAUCACAAAACAAAGCUAACAAAGAUGCUAACCGUGAAGACGAAGUUGCUAAAAGCAACAAAGCGCUCUUGGAUGAGUUUCUAACACCAGCCCAACGUCUACCCGAUAAUAUCUCUCUUCCAGCUGAACUUACUGUAACUGAAUUGUAUGCGUUGGAUGCCUCGCAGCUUAGGACGCUUGCUGACCAGCAUACUCGCGGUCGAGGUCAUGGGGCUCCAUCAUUACAGAAGAGACAAAUUCUAAGGGAUUUUCACAACUCGACCGAGAAGCUCCUUGCCAUCUUGUGCAUCCACCUUGGAAUAUCACAAGACGUGGCCUCAAACGAGAUGUGA